UGAGCCUGAAGCAUCCAGAUGGCCUCCUCAGCGCUGCUCCUUCUUCAGCUGCUCCUGCUGACCUCCCUGGUCUCAGCGUCUCCUCACUGGGGAGUAACCUUGAACUCCGCCUACAAAGGAAGGAACUCUGAUGGAUCAGUUAAGAUAUCUCUCCGAGCCAGAGGUACUUUUGAUUCCUGUGGUAACUUCCUUGACUGGACUUGCAGCGGCAACUGUGGCAGUGUGACCAGUAAAGUCAAAGAUAUAGUCGACACAAGCACCGAUUCAUCAUCCAACCAUUACCAAUGGUGUGAAACAGAACUCAUUGAGAAAAAGAGCUUACUCAAUGACAAGCCGUUUAACCUCGGGGCAUCUUCCUACUACUGGGUCACAACACGUAACUCAGUUAUGAACGGGAGUUUUGAGUCUUACGUGGAUUUUGGGAGAAGAUCAGACACAGAAGAACCAAAUACACUGCCUGAUGUUGCCAUUGUUCCCUUCUUAAGAGUUCCUGAAAACUGCCCAAGAACAUACAAGCCGGCUGCCUUUGAUAUUGAUGGAGACAAAGUCCGCUGCAGGUAUGGGAAUUUACCUGGCUACGAGUGCGACAACUGCUCUCUCCCUUCAGGCUUCCAACUGGACCAGGAUUCUUGCACAUUGCACUACCAGCACACAAAUCAUGACAGCAGAGUCUUUGGUUUUGAGAUGGUGGUAGAAGACUUCCCACACAGCACUAUUGAUCUGUCCUAUUCUGAUGGAUCAAGUGUUCGUAAGAUUCCACUGCUUUCAAGAAGGAAGAGAGAUAUUGCGUCUAUAUUAUCGGGGUCGUGGACAACAGCUGUCAGUCCAGUUAUACCUACAGCUACUACUGCAGCAACAACAACUGUAUCCAGUAGCACACAAAAUGUGGCCAGUGGUCCCCUUAGUAAGCAACCUCUGCAGUUCUCUUUUCUAGUGGACCCAGACGCUCCUUCAUGUCAGGAGGGACUCUACCUGCCUAUACUUGUGGCUCCAACACCUGCACAUGGAGAACGGAUCGAGGCCGAGGUCAGCAAAGAGAUGGAGAUCAGAGUCAAAGCACAUGCAGAUCAUUCAACGAUCUUUGACAUCAUCUUCAGCGGACCAUCAGCCAUCACCAAGCACAGGGACGUUAACAACGACUUUGUCCUCAGGUGGACACCAGUUGAAGAUGACCUGGGAGAUCAUUUCCCAAUCUGCUUUGUUGUGGAAUCAGUGAAUGGGUCACGUAUCUAUCAGUCUGAGAUGAGGUGUGUUCUGGUGGAAGUCCGAAAGGCACAAAUUGAAGCCACCGUGACCUGCACUGAAACCACAAUGAAGGUGGAGGUUGAGAAAGAUUCCUUCUUUGGACUCCAGGAGGAACAUCUUCGCCUCAGUGACCCCAGCAACACCAUCUGCAGCCUUGACAGGCUCUCCAACGACACUCACAUAGUCGCCAUCAUCCCCCUCAACGGCUGCGGUACUGAGAUCGAGGAAGACGAUGAUUACCUCAUUUUCAAGAAUGAGAUCACCACAGUGGAUGAUGACCCGAAUGAGCUGAUCACCAGGAAGCACCUGGUGGAGGCCCGGUUCUACUGCCAGUACCCCAAACGGGGCAAUGUGACCCUGAGCUUCUCAGCACACAGAAAGAACGUCACAGUAUGGGAGAAAGGCUUCGGCAAGUUCACCUACCAGUUCGAGUUCUACCAGGAUGACCAGUUUGGACCCAUUUAUGACCCAAACUUUUACCCACUGGAGUUUGACGUCGGAGACAGGAUCUACAUGCAGAUAGAUGCCAGCACCUCUAUCAACAACACAGAGAUGUUUGUGGAGUCCUGCAGAGCUGCACCGUAUGACAACCCCAACUUCCACCCAACCUACUCCAUCAUUGAGAACGGAUGCAAAGUUGACCAGACUGUGCAGACCCAUCCCACCUCCAACAACAGACAGUUCAGGUUCAGCAUGGAUGCCUUCAAGUUCAUCGGGCUGCAUGAUCAGGUGUACAUCAGCUGCACAGUCAUGAUGUGUGAAGCAGGGAACCCUGACACCAGGUGCUCACAGGGAUGCAUGAACUCCACCUUAUCCCACAGCUCCAGCCGCAGAAAGAGAGAGGCUAUGAUCCAGAGUGGAAUGCACUUCGUUUCCCAGGGUCCUCUGCGUCUGAAGCGUGAAGCAGACCUCAGAGGAGGCUCAGCGUUCAACCUGAACCUGGUCUUUGUUGCUGGAUGUCUUCUUGUUGCCGUUGGGAUGGUCUGCGGCGUCCUCAUCUACAAAAACAAAGCCUCCAGGGUGAAAAGUCAACCUUUGUUUGCUUAUGUAAACUAAAACUGCAGCAUGUGCUGGGCUGCUUGGAUCAUUUGAAUGUGGUAUUCUGGGUGUUUUUGAACCAGUUAAGUUUUUUUUAAUAUCUAAUAAAGAUGCAAACAACUGCAUUCAUUAAAUAGCUGUAUUUGUUGAUGCUAAAAUAGAGAUCCACCUGGAAACAUGAUGUUUUCGAUUAAUCAAAACUAGAAGAUAGAUCAUUUCUUGGUACUGCAGCUACUGAGUUAAUGUUCUGUCAUGAAGAUUUCCUUUUUCUGUUCUUUAUUAUAUACUUUAUAUUAUGAUAUAAAAAUGGUAGCACAGAUUAAAUGUUUGUUUCUGUUGACCUAUAAUCAGAUAUGUUACUUUGAAAUAAAAUAUAUCUUUGCCUUUUGAUCGUCUUCCUGGGUGUAUAAAAGUGUUUUUUCUAAAUUGCUCAAUAAAAAUACCCCCAUGAUGGUU